AUGAACCCAUUGCUUGAACAAUUCUGCUCCUUUGACACAGCGGAAGACAAUAUCAAACCACUAAGGAAACCUUCUCGUUCCGUUUCGUUUGCAGACAAUGUCAAAGUUUUUGAUCACUGGCAGGCAGCUCACUUUUCGAAAGAAGAACUAGAAAACACAUGGUACACUCGACAAGAGCUAUUCGAUAUCCAGGUGGAUUGUUAUUACAUUACGAUGCGAAUGGAAGAAGCCAUGAAUGGAAACCCUUCUGCCGCAGUAGACGACUGCACCAGAGGGUUGGAAGCCAAGACUCCCACAGGAGUCAAGAGACGCCACAGACUGCGCAAGGAGGUCAGCGGAACUGUCUUGGAAGUCCAAGAAGAAUCAAGACGGUACCUUAGGAGAGGAGAGCACCCACACCCAGAACCGAUUGCUCGGGCAUGCAAAUAUCUUACCCGAGAUUCUGAGGAGCGAGCUUACAAGAUUGCUCUUCGGGACCACCAACAAGCGGUGGUUGCGGACGAGACUAAGGAAAACGCCCGCUACAAUGUUGGCAAACUAAGAAGGACUCCAUUCCAUCUAGGACUAGAAAUAGAACGAGAGCCUCUUGCAUCAGUUCCAACCACACCCAAGAAUGGUAUCGCCGUGGAAGCCUAG